AUGGCUGCAAGAUGUGAUAUCAGUAUUGGUGCUGUUUUUAAGAUUAUUCGUAAUGUUAUUCAUGCAAAAUGUCGUAGAAAAAGACCAGUACAUCGAUUAUAUCCAGCUGUUAUUGAGAAGAGACGAACUAGAGCUUGGCGUAUGUAUCGUCGAUUAUGUAAUGAAAGAUAUAAAAAUUAUGCAACUACCGAUGAAGCAUGGUUUUAG